CGCCAGCCAUGAGCAAGUUGGGCAAGUUCUUUAAGCCCCGCGGCUCCUCUAAGAGCCGAGCGGCCCCCAGCCCCCAGGAGGCCCUGGCCCGACUUCGGGAGACCGAGGAGAUGCUGGGCAAGAAGCAGGAGUACCUGGAAAACCGUAUCCACCGAGAGCUCAGCCUGGCCAGGAAGCACGGCACGCAGAACAAGCGAGCGGCGUUGCUGGCGCUAAGGAGGAAGAAGCAGCUGGAGAAGCAGCUCACCCAGAUCGACGGCACGCUGUCCACCGUGGAGUUCCAGCGGGAGGCGCUGGAGAGCGCUCACACCAGCGCCGAGGUGCUGCGGAGCAUGGGCCUGGCGGCCCGGGCGAUGCGGGCGGCGCACGAGACCACGGAUCUGAACAAAAUAGAUGAUUUGAUGCAAGAAAUCACAGAGCAGCAGGACGUCGCCCAAGAAAUCUCGGAAGCGUUUUCUCAGCGGGCUGGACGUGGCGACGACUUUGAUGAGGAUGAGCUCCUGGCAGAACUUGAAGAACUGGAGCAAGAAGAAUUGAAUAAGAAGAUGACAAAUCUUCGACUUCCAGAUGUGCCUUCCUCUUCCCUCCCGGGUCAGCCGGGCAGAAUGCCGGGCACCGUGCCCGCUGCACAGAGACCCCGAGCAGCGCCUUCCAGGAGAGCAGAAGAGGGCGAUGCCAUCACACACUUGGCAGCCUGGGCUACUUAAAUGGACGUGGACUUGCCCUGACACCCCACUCCAUGAGCUGUACAUAGGACAUAAAGGUAUU